AUGACUUUCAUCAUCAAAGGGAAGAAGUAUCACCAUAGUGUGAAAUUCAAUCGACGUGCAGUGGAAGAAAAGAAUGUGAACAAAAAGUCUUCACCUCCAUCCCCUUCCAGCAGAUUAGACCAGCUUCCAUACAGUGAUUCAUUGAACCAUCAACCGCAAGGGCCUGGCUUCAUCAUACAAGAAUAUUCAUCAUCCAAGGAAGAUAUUGAGGCUGGAGUUGACCAAGAUAUCAUUUACGGCUCAUCCCGACCAAUUAAGGAAGAAAAAGAAGCUUUGGUGAAUAUGAUUCCCGAUAUCUUCACGGAGUAUCCCUUGCUCCGGGAUAUGCUGCAGACUCAAACCUCUCACCUCCAAGAUCAAACCAUUCAAGAAUGUCUUCCUUUUCUCUCAGGUAAGGAAGCAGGAUUAACGUAUUACCCAUAUGGGGUUCCUCAACUAAGACGAGAAAAACAUAUUCAGUUUCUUCACAAGCAGCUACAGAAGUUACCCUCGGCAUAUGUUGGUGCUGAUGCGAGCAGGCCAUGGAUGUUCUACUGGGCGUUGGCUGGUCUUUCCACUUUGGGUCAGGAUAUAUCAUCAUAUCGGGAAAAAAUCAUAUCAACAUGUCGUCCCAUACAAAAUGUGACGGGAGGGUUCGGUGGCGGAAAUGGUCAGAUGUCACAUUUAGCUACCACUUAUGCAAACGUUCUAUCAAUAUCUAUGGUAGGUGGGCAGGAAGCGUUGGACAUUAUUGAUCGCAAAGCAAUGUGGAAAUGGCUAGGCAAGUUGAAGAUGUCCACUGGAGGUUUUAGAAUGGCUGUUGGUGGCGAGGAAGACAUUCGUGGUGCAUAUUGUGCGCUCAUUCUUAUCACUCUCCUGAGUUUACCUCUCGACCUUCCCCUAGACGCUCCCGCCAGGUCAUCAAACUAUACUACUUUUAUCGAUGGACUUCCUGAAUGGAUCUCAAGAUGUCAAACAUUCGAAGGUGGUAUAGGUGCUCGACCAAAUGUUGAAGCCCAUGGUGCAUACGCGUUCUUAGCGUUGGGUUGUUUGUGCAUCUUGGGUGAACCGCACAUCACGAUACCUCAGUAUCUUGACGUCCCGGGCUUUAUUUCAUGGCUAUCAGCACGUCAGUAUGCGCCGGAAGGCGGCUUCUCAGGUCGUACGAAUAAGUUAGUCGACGGGUGCUACUCCCAUUGGGUUGGAGGAUGUUGGCCCUUAUUGGAAGCUUGUCUUGAGGGUCCAACGCAGCAAACUCAAAACGGUCCAUCCUCGUCUUCCAUUCCAAUAAAUCUCUACAGCCGCGAAGGUUUGAUCAGAUACAUUCUCUGCUGCUGUCAGGAUACAGGAAGCCGGGGUGGAUUAAGAGAUAAGCCCAGCCAUCGCUCUGAUUCGUAUCAUACAUGCUAUGUCCUUGCGGGACUCAGUUCCGCACAGCAUAAAUGGCAUUUUAACACAUCUGCACAGAAAGAGGAAUUGGGCGGAGAGCUCGUUUCACCGUAUCAAUGGACGGCCGAACCUUAUGUUGAGACAACACAGAUAUAUGAUGAGGGAGAUAGAGUGGGGACUCUCCACCCGGUUUUCGUGAUACCAGAGGGCGUUGCUGAGGCGACACGGGCCUACUUCGCUGCGAAAGGGACUUUUUAG